GCAGAGUCUAAGAACAGAGCAAGCCAAUAUUCUGCUUAACUUCAAGAUAUGGGUAAGCUUUUUUCUUUAUUUCUUCUUCCUUCAUUGCUUAAUCUUUCUAUUUCCCACCCUUGCUUUUCACGUUAUUUCAAAACCAUUACUACCCUCAUUGAAGCUUCAAGCAAGAAUUCCAUGUUUGUAAAGAAAAAGCUACAAAGGUAUGACUACUUCGAUAAUGUUGACAAAGCUUUCACUUUGUUUCAUAAGGCGAUUCACAAGUAUCCAAAGCCUUCCAUUGUUGAAUUCAACAAAUUAUUAGGAGCCGUUGUUAGAAUGAAACGGUAUGCCACAGUUGUUUCUCUGUAUCGCUUGGUGGAAUUAUUAGGAGUUCCCCCUGAUGUUUAUUCUUUCAACGUCUUCAUUAAUUGCUUUUGUCAAUUAGGUAAAAUUGAUUUCGGGUUUUCUGUUUUGGGGAAAAUGUUCAAGUUAGGUUUUGAACCUGAUGUUGUGACUUUUAACACUUUGAUUAAAGGACUUUGUAAGCAAAUAAAGAUUUCUCAAGCUGUGUGUUUGCUUUAUAAAAUGCUUGAAAGAGGUUUAGAACCUAAUAUUGUAGCAUAUAACACUGUCAUUGACCUUCUUUGUAAGAAUGGCUUGCUAGAGGAGGCUCUCAAUUUCUUCUUUGAAAUGGAGGUUAAGGAUAUUAGACCAAAUACUGUUACUUACAGCUGCUUAAUUCAUGCUAUGUGUAAGAAGGGGAUGGUUUCCAAAGCUGAAUAUAUCGUUGACACAAUGAGAAAGCAAGGCAUUAAGCUUGAUGUUGUCUUGUAUAGCAUAUUGAUUGAUGCACUUUGCAAGAAGGGGAUGGUUUCCAAAGCUGAAGAUGUCUUUGACACAAUGGGAAAGCAAGGUAUUGAGCCUAAUGUUCUAACAUAUGCUAUACUAGUGGAUGGCCAUUGCAAGGAGGGAUCGAUUUAUAAAGCUAAAGUUAUUGUUCACACAAUGAUAAACCUAGUGACUCAUUCGAUUCUGCUAGAUGGUUGCUUCAAAAAUGAUAGACUUGAAGAGGCUUUGAAAUUUUUUGGAGGAAUGCAGAACAGUGGGUUGGAACUCAAAAUUGUCUGUUAUAAUAUCCUAAUUGACGGCUUGUGCAAAGCUGGCCGUAUCGAAGCUGCAAAGGAAUUAUUUCUUGAACUCUCAUUCAAUGGUUUUAAACCUGAUGUUUGCACAUAUGUUAUAAUAAUUAAUGGUUUCUGUAAAGAGGGAUUGCCAGAUGCAGCAUACCAGUUGUUGAGCAUGGGAGAUAAUGAUGGUUUGCCUAAUAGCUGAUGUUAUAAUGUGAUGAUCCGGCUGUUUCUUCAAAACAACUACACCUCAAAGGCAACACACCUUCUAACUGAAAUGGUCAGUAAGGGUUUUUCUGUAGAUCUAUGGACUGCCACCUUAUUUGUGGAUCUCAUCUUACGAUUUGGCAGAUGGACGCUAAUAUGAAUGUUUCCAGAGUGUAAAGAUAGUCGGUUGUGAAUGUGAAGCACUUUGUUCAUACUGCUGGGAUAAGUCAUGUUUCAGUUUAAUUUAUAUUGUGCCUUGCUUUAUGUGAUGUUUGAAUACCUGCAAUGAAGGGUCAUAAGAAAUAACCUAAAUCCCCUGGAGCAGGCUGUCUACAUAGAUUCUGCAAGUUUGAAUUUUUCCACUUUGAAUUAUAACCUGAUGUUGGGCCUUUAAUUUAGCUGCUGUUAUUCAGGAAUUUGGCACCGUGUAAG